AUGAAAUCGGAAUUUCUUAUGAAGGAUGGACUUGCUCUAAUGCGGGAGGCACGACAAAGGAUUUAUCAGAAUAAUAAUACUUCAAUUCAUAUGAUUCGGAGAGUUCCUAAGUUUUUGCACCAAAGUGAAAGAUUUUAUAACUAUUGUAUACCAAAGAUGAUAUCAUUUAGUCCCAUCCAUCACGAUAGUGAAAAUACUAAGGAAGGAGAUCAUUAUAAGCUUCUAUGGGUAUCAUUAUUUGUUGACUCAUUUGCACAAAAAAUUUAUCAAGAUUACCAUCAAGCAUACAAACUUUUGUUUCAAAGAAUUGUAGAUAAUAUGGAAGAAUUGGUAAACAUGUUCAGUAAGGAUGUAGUUGAAGGUUACAAUAUCAAUCAACUUGCUUGGAUGUUGUUUGUGGAUGGAUGUGCUUUGCUACAUUUUAUGGAUAAUGUUGAUGACCAAUGUCCACAAGCACUAAACCUUAAGGUUGGGCAAUUGAUGUAUAUGUGGAAAGAUAUUAUAUUGUUGGAGAACCAACUUCCAACCAAAUUGCUUGAAAUUCUAUGCAAAGAUUGGAGGGACGACUUGGAUAUGUUGUUUGAAAAUUAUCAUUCUAAGGGAGCUUGCAAACGUAUUGGAAUGGCGGUAAUUCAUUUGGAUAAUCAUAAACCCUUUCAUAUACUUGAUUCUUCACGCUUGAAGUACAUAUCACCUUUGCGAACCAUUUUAGGUUCUGAGAAAACAAAGACUAUGAAAGAUAUAUUCCAAAUCCAAGAAGAUGACGAUGAACAAAAAAUUUAUCGGAGUCCAUAUAAGAGCAUACGAGAUCUAAAAAGAGUAGGAAUUCGAGUGGUAGCAAAUACGAAAAACAAAUCGAUAAGGAGUAACAUUUUAUUUAAGUCUAAUUGGUUUAGUGGAGAAUUAAGGCUCCCUAUUAUUGAGUUCAAUGAUGUCACACCCUAUUUCUUACGAAACUUAAUGGCAUUUGAGCUGUGUUCACAUGUUCCUUACAACUAUGAAUGUUGCUCGUUUUUAACCUUCAUUCAUUCAUUGGUCGAUAAUGCAGAGGGUGUAAAAGAACUUAUUACAGCUGGUGUACUUCAAAACUUGGAAGUGAUGAAGAUUUGA